AUCUAUCCACAUUCCUUUUUUUUCUGUGACAGUCUGUUAGCGUUAGCUUUUUGACAUAUGUGAAUAGCAUAGCAAGCGUUAAGAUAACGCGGCAUAUGAGUUUGAGUUAAUUAAAAUGUCGGACGAAGGAGAUUCACCAAAAAUUACCCAUUCCGAGGGUAAGGACGAUACUAAAUCUGAGGAUAAUGAUUCGUCACAAGACGAAGUUGAAUUGAAGGACAAAUCAGCAUCUAAAGAAAAAUCUAAUAACGAGGAUAAAAUUGACGAUAAGGACGAUGAAAAUGAUAUAGAUGAAGAAAAUGAUAAAGAUGGUGAUACUGAAGAAUCUGAAAGCCAAGAAUCUAAGGCAUCAAAUAAGGAGAAGGAAAAUGAGAUUGAUUCUAAGAAGUCAAAAAAUGAAGAUAAGAAGAAAAAUGAUAAAGUAAAAUCUGAAGAGGAAGAGGAAUCUGAAGAAGAUAUAAGUGAAGAAGAAGAAGAAGAGGAAGAAAAAGACAAAAAGAGGAAUACUAAAGAGAAAAAAGGAAAAGUGGAAGCAGUACAGGACUCCUCAAAUAAGAAAGAAAGGAAAAAUGCAUCUAAAUCUAAUGAUGGGAAAAAAGAGUCUAAUGAAGAUAGUUCUGAAACAAAAGCAGAAAAAUGCUGUCUUGGAGAUAUUCCUCGAAUAGAUGCUUCGAUAUCCAGAUUUAAAAAUGACGAUCUUAAGUUAUUACAUAAGGUGCUAUUCAAAGAGCCAGGCAAAACUAAUUUGAUUAAAAAGAAUAUUCGUAAAUUUGAUGGGUUUGACUUUACAAAAGACUCUGAUGAAUAUUCUAAAAAAGUUAAGGAGAUACUUAAAUUUGAAAGUAAACAAUUGAAAGUAAUAUGUGAAAUGUUAGACUUACCUAAAACUGAGAAAGAUGAAGAAAAUGCUAAUAAGAUAUUAGAAUUCUUAUUAGAACCUAAAGAUUCAGGCAAGGUAGUAGGAGGAGGUCGACCCAAAAGAACCGCUGCAGUGCGGGCUAAUAAUAGAGGUUACUCCUCUCAUGAUGAUUAUUCAAGUGAUGAAAAAUACAAAGCGAGAUCAAGAAGGGAAAAGGGUCAGCGGGCUACAUAUAAAGAAGAUAGUUCUAGCAGUGAUGAAGAAUUUCAGCCUUCAGAUGAUGAACGUCCUGCUCCUAAAUCACGGCAAAGGGGUACUAAACGCAAGAAGGCCAAGUCUGAAGAUAGUGAAGAAGAUGUGGCUACCCCAAGCUCUGAUGAAAGUGAUGAUGGAUCUCGCAAACGGAAACGCACUCCUAAGGUGAACAAUAAAAGUAAAUCCAAAACUCCUGCCAAAAGAGGUCGUAAACCUGCACCUAAGAAAACCCCCGGACGAAAGAAGAAGAAGGUUAGUUCAGAGGAAGAUGAAGAGGAGUUGAGUGACAAGAAAAAUGAUGAUAGUUCAUCAGAAGAUGAGCCUUUAGUGAAGAAAGCUAAGAACUCGCAACCACCUACUGAUGAUGAAAUCAAAACAUAUGUGAAGGAAAUUUUAGAAGGAGCUAAUUUAGAAGAAAUCACUAUGAAAACUGUUUGUCAAAAAGUUUACGCUCACUAUCCAGACUUUGAUUUAGCACACAAGAAAGAUUUUAUUAAGGUCACAGUUAAAUCGUUAAUAUCGACGUGAACUGCUUAUGGUAAGAGAGCAUAUAUAAAAUAAUUAUAAGAAAGUUUGAAGUAAUGCAAUCUUUAUAUAUGUUUCCAGUACAAAAAAGAGUCGAUAUUUUGUUUUCUACAAUUCUUAGUAUAUCAGCUGAAAAUCAUUAUCACUUCUUGUAAAAUAUAGCACUAGUGAUUUAAUUGUUCAGAUUCAUCUCUUGUUGAUUUCAAACUGAUGAUCAUCAAAUAACAUUGCAUGUUUAAUUUGUAUCUUCAAGAUUGUGUAUGGUUCUUUCAUUUAAUUCAAUUUUGUUUUUAUAUCUCCUUCCGAAUAAAUUGAGAUAAUACAAAUAAAUGGAGUUAUUGUUCUGUAUAUUCUGAAUAUUUAUUAUUAGCUUCGAAUUUUUUAUAUAUUCUUUCCUUAAUUUUCAAUAUUUUUUAUUAUCAAAAGAAUAUACUCUUCAUUGUUCCAAAUUUUUGGACAUAUUACUAAAUUUUUCAAUGUACUUUCAUUGCUGAAAAAUCUUUCUAGAAAAUAACAGAAACAAUUUGGAUAUCACCUGAAACAUUCUUCCAAAUUGAUAAAAUUUAUUUUCGUAUAAACAUAUAGGUUAACUGUUUCAAACAAGCUUAAUGGUCUUGGUAAAUCGAGUUGUAUUGCUGAUUCUGUAGUAGUUAUUAGAUUUCAACAUACCAAAUUGUAUUUAUUUCAAGAAUACAAUUUUCAUUAUU